GGGAGGUAAGAAAACGACACCUCUCCAGGCACACUCCGUUUUAAAUCCACAGCCCUUUCCCUCCGCUACAUGUUACAAAGACUCAGCGCUCUGCCUUGUACCAUUCGCUCGGCCGUAUUUCAUUUCCCUCCCGGACACUCUGUGGACUUUCCCUCCUGCCCUCCUCACGCUGCGCCCGGCCAUUGGCUGCUGCUGCGAUUGGACUGACUUGGGAUCCCAGUCGCGUCGCUGCUCCGCGCACAGACAAGUGGAGACAUAACGGUGCCAAGGUGCCCAAGUAGAGCAGAGCCUUGUGCCAAUGAGACGAGGAGAGCGCACGGACUACUGAUACCACAGCAGCACAUGUCUCAUGAACGGAUGUCGGGAUCUGCGGUCUGAAAAGUGCAAUUAAGAAGGUGAAAGUAUUGUUUAAAGAAAGAAGAGUGUUGGAGCAGAGGGGAAAAUCAUUUUUUCAAGGACGAGAGAAGACAGAAAAACGGGGACUAUGGGGAGAAAAAAGAUUCAGAUUACGAGGAUAAUGGAUGAACGUAACCGACAGGUGACAUUUACAAAGAGAAAGUUUGGGUUAAUGAAGAAGGCUUACGAGUUGAGUGUUUUAUGUGAUUGUGAGAUCGCGCUCAUCAUCUUCAACAGCACUAACAAACUGUUCCAGUACGCCAGCACAGACAUGGAUAAAGUUUUGCUGAAAUACACAGAAUACAAUGAGCCUCACGAAAGUCGAACAAAUUCAGAUAUUGUAGAGACGUUGAGAAAGAAAGGACUUAAUGGUUGUGACAGCCCAGAUCCCGAUGCAGACGAUUCAGCAUUGAACAAGAAAGAGAAUAAAGGCUGUGAAAGCCCAGAUCCUGACUCCUCUUAUGCUCUCACCCCACGCACUGAAGAAAAAUAUAAAAAAAUUAAUGAAGAGUUUGAUAUUAUGAUCAAGAGUCAUAAAAUACCUGCCGUUCCUCCUCCAAAUUUUGAGAUGCCCGUUUCUAUCCCAGUGUCCAAUCCAAACAGUUUGAUAUACAGUAAUCCAGCUGGUUCACUGGGUAACCACAACCUUUUGCCACUCUCCCACCCAUCCCUGCAUAGAAACAGCAUGUCUCCUGGCGUGACACAUCGACCACCAAGUGCAGGUAACGCAGGUGGUCUCAUGGGUGGGGACCUCACAACCGGUGCAGGCACCAGUGCAGGUAAUGGUUAUGGCAAUCAUCGUAACUCACCAGGUCUGCUGGUCUCGCCUGGUAACUUGAACAAAAAUAUGCAAACGAAAUCACCGCCGCCAAUGAACCUGGGGAUGAACAACCGCAAACCCGACCUCCGAGUUCUGAUUCCACCUGGCAGCAAGAACACCAUGCCCUCCGUGUCUGAGGAUGUGGAUCUGCUCUUGAAUCAAAGGAUAAAUAACUCACAGUCGGCACAGUCACUGGCUACCCCAGUGGUUCCUGUAGCCACCCCUACUCUACCAGGGCAAGGCAUGGGCGGAUAUCCAACUGCCAUUUCAACGACCUAUGGAACUGAAUACGCUUUAAGCAGUGCAGACCUAUCAUCACUAUCUGGGUUUAACACCAGUGCCCUCCAUCUUGGCUCAGUUACUGGCUGGCAGCAACAUCAUCUGCACAAUAUGCCUCAUUCAGCCCUCAGCCAGCUGGGAGCUUGCACUAGCACUCACUUAUCUCAGAAUUCAAAUCUCUCCCUGCCUUCUACUCAAAGCCUCCACAUCAAGUCAGAACCUGUUUCUCCUCCUAGAGACCGUACUACCACACCUUCGGGAUAUCCACAUCACACGCGCCACGAUGCGGGACGAUCUCCUGUUGACAGCCUGAGCAGCUGCAGUAGUUCGUAUGACGGAAGCGACCGGGAAGACCAUCGGAACGACUUCCACUCCCCCAUUGGACUCACCAGACCAUUGCAGGACGAAAGAGAAAGUCCCUCAGUCAAGCGCAUGCGGCUCUCUGAAGGAUGGGCAACAUGAUAGAAUCAAUAUAUAUAUAUAUUAGAUUUUUUUUUGCAGUGUGUGUGUGCUAUACCUUAAUGGGAAAGGGCGGGAAGGGUCGAUAUACAUUAUAUGUGCCGUGUGUGCUGGGUUUUAAAAAAAAAAAAAGUCAGGUACUCCGUUUUGUAAAAGUACUUUUCAAUUGCCUCAGUGAUCCAGCGUAGGGUUGAUGAGAACUGCUGAGAUAACAUGCUUAGCACUUGAGCUGUACAAUAGAGAACUUGUACAAAAUAGAUUUUGAAGCUAACUCCUUUUUUUCACUGUUGUGCUCCCUUUGCAAAAUGUAUGUUACAAUAGAUAGUGUUAUGUUGCAGGUUCAACGUUAUUUACAUGUAAAUAGACAAAGGAAACUUUUGCCCGAAAGUGGCAGACCUUUACCAAGGAAGAAAGCAGCUGUUAUGCAACAUAUGGACAAAAAAAUGUACAGAAGUGUAGACAAGACCCAGCAUUUAAUCGGUGGACAGUGAGAUAUGUGAAAUGACUGAGCCACCCUCUUUAUAUGUAAUUUCCUCAAACAAACCAGCAUCUAAGGCAUGGCGCUUAUUAAAAAAGCAAAAAAAAAGGAAAGAAAAAUAAAGCCCAUCCUAAAUGCUGCGUUUGAGAGCUUACAUAUUUUAUUGUUCAGUUCUGGGUAUACAUCACUUAAUAUAUAGAAAUAUAAAUUAUGUACAUUACAUUUUGCUUAUUUUCAUAUGAAAAAAAAGGGUAAAACAAAGUUUGCAAAGCAUUUGUGGCUUUUUGUAGGUUAAGCCAAAAUGUGUUUUUUUUCCCCCCUUGAUUGCUUCGCAAAUAUUUUACAGUCAUUUAAAAAAUGAAAACAAAGGGGGGUCUUUUUUUUUUUUUUUGUAAAAAAUGCUAAAAAAGAAAGACAAACGACCGCCUGAAAACCAUGAAGAACUCCGUGCUUUUGCUAAAAACAAAUAUAACUGUUCUCUCUUUGUAGAAGUUCUGUUUUUGAAACGUGUAUUUCUAAUUAUAUAAAAUAAUAUUAAGAAUCUUUUAAACAAAUCUGUGAAAUUAACAUGCUUGUGUAUAGCAUUCUAAUAUAUAAUAAACAUGGAACUAGCUUUUUUUUUGGUUAUCUGAAUAACGGGGAGGGAAAUAUUCUGACGGUGCAGUUGCACUUUUUUUCACGACUCUGCAUUGAUGUUGCAGGUCCGAAUUCAAUUGGGAAGAUUUUGAGUCAACUUGUGUUUGCACCCCCAGCUCCAUUGUACAUACCAGUUGCUGUCAUCUGUUUUCUAGAUAAACCUCUGUUAGAAUGUAUCAUGCUUAAAUAAAGGACUUCUGUUUCCCAACCAACUUCCGCACUAUAGCAAGCGACCUGUAGUCAUUGGCUUAGUCAACAGACUCAAUCUUCUCGUGCGUCCAAAUAUGCAACUACAACCAAGCGUCUAUUGCUAGCGGUCAUUUACAGAUGACGGGUUCUUUGUAGGGGAAUGCUUAAAAAUAGCCAUAUUUCAAGUUUACCUAGCAACAUGUUUCAGUAACACACCGUAGUCAACCAAGUUGUCAUGACGUAAGUAAGUUAAAUAACCAGCAGAAACUAGAUGGUAAGUGCAAUUUUUAGUAAGGCCUAGGAUAGUGAAGAGUGUAGGAAGAGAGUGGAAUAGAGAUAGGUGGAGUGGAAGUCUCAGGUUCGACUACUGAGUUCAAUAAAAUGCCGUAAAGAGAUGAAUGAUACACUUGUACUUUGAUUUCAUAGAUAAAAAAGCACAACUUUGUGAUGGGUCACUUUCUGUAAAGUAGAACUUUUUACCUUUCUGACAUGUACCUUGCCGAUUAUCUUGGCAACGCUAGUUUUGGCUUUUAUGGCGAUUCCUUUGUAUUUAAGGAUUUGGGGCAGAGCCCUAGAGGGGUAUUAACAUAUAACAUAAACUUGUCCUAUAUUAAAAAAAAGGAAACAAAAAACAGGCAGCAUAACUUGUUGGCAGAAUGGAGGACUAUAGUGGCUUCCCCCCCUUUGUUUUUAACUGCAAAACACACCACAAAAAUACAGAAUCCUCUUUUCUGUAUUUCCACUUUUAACUUUAGCGUUAAUUUAUUUUCUUUUUAAGGAAACCCUGCAAAGUAUAUUGAUUUACAAGAAAUGUGCAGUUUCAUUGUGAUAACAUAGAAUAACUGUAAUUUCCUUAUCACUUUCCCAUAAACUGCAAUAAGGAGAAAAAAAACAUAAUCUCUCUUUAAAAUAUGGCAGUCCUAAUAAUUGUAUGUGUUUGUGUCUUAUCUUGCAUUUUAUUCCCCUUUUCUAACUUACAUAUAACAGUACUGAUGUAUUUUAUUCUCAACAUUGUGUUUCUUUCAGGAACUUAAAUUAUAUGUAUUUUUUUUCUUAACAAGCCACUUGAAACUGAAUAAAAGCUGUUGCCUAAACA